AUGCUGAGUCGGCGGCGAGGGGUCUGGGCGACGGCAGCGGCGGCGGCGACGGCCGCGGCGCCGCGCGCCCAGAACGGGGCCCUCACGGUGCUGAUGGUGGACUGGCGGCCACGCAUCACCGGGCGGUGGCUCGGGCUUCCCGGCUGCCAGGACGACGAUUUGCGGUACCUCGUCGCCGCCAUGGCGCUGUACGUCUCGUGCGCAGUGCUGAUGUAUUGGUCGUACGCCAGGGCCGUGCUCGCCGAUCCUGGCGUCGUCGAGCCAGAGCAGGAGCUCGACCUCUGGCUCGGCCCGUUGAGUCUGCUGAGGCUGCCGUCCGACUUCUCGCACGCCCUCAGCCUGUCUGUCUUCCCGGCGGCGCUCGGGCUGCUGCUGACGAGGCAGGCCAGCCACGGCCGGGGGGAGCCGUGGCCUGUUCAGAGGAGAAGCGGGAAGUUGUCGUCGACGUACGCACAUGAAUCCCCAGUCUUUUACCACAGUUCGCAUCCGUGA